CAUUGCUUUAAAAUACAUUUUGUAGUUUACGUUCAUUUAAAAUCUUUGAAAACUUGGGGGACUCAAAAGGCACCCAAUUCAGAGAACCAGAAUUUCCCUUUCCCCUGACCGUUUUUCCGAUUAGUGAAGAACCAAUGCGAACCUAACUUCGUUGAGACCAUGGAUCAGACCAAAUACGCACUGAACACGUACUCCGUGUUAGCCGCCGUUCUGGGAAAAGUUAGCUUCUGGCUUGCACGGUAGCGGAUCAGAGUUUGUGUUUUAAAAAACAUUUCAGGAUCUUUGCUACUCCACUAAGUGACGGAUCAUGAAAAGGGCCAGAAGUGGUGAUGAGGAAGAUCCCCGGCAGAAUGCCUCUCCAGCCCAGCCGCAAAGUGAUGGGGACAGCAGUGGUUCUGGUUGUGGCCUCAGCUCAGCUGACAUGCAACAUAAAGAGGAUUCGCCGGGUACCCGGAGAGAAAUACGGAGCAAGUACAGAGAACUCAUCCUCUCAGUGCAAAAAAAUAGGGAAGACAUGCUGAGUGCUUCCAACAAUAAGCUCACAGAAGUUUUGGAAAAGGCAAACAAACUUUUUCAAGAUGUGCGGCAGCCGAGAGAAGCUGCUCUGGAUGCUCAGCUCCUCGUUGUGACCACAGACCUGGGCAACGAGAAAGCCAGCCAACUUUCCGCGGAGGGUGCUUCUUUUGAUUCAGUGGCUUUCACUGAACACCUUCUGUCCUACAUGGGUCUGAAACGACUAACCAAUGGGGAAGACGGGCAGCAAAACGGAGCGGCUUUUGGCUACCUGCCUCAGGAUGCUUGGCAAAAAGUGGCCCAGAGAGCAGAGAACUGUUUCAGGGCAGCCCCCUCCUUCCACUACAUGAUGGGUUCGUUCCAUGCAGAGCCGCCUCCUCCAAAGCAAAGGAUAGAACGGCAAAGGAAGGCCCCCACUAAAGAAGUGAAAAGGAUGAUGCCUACUCAGCUGAAGAAAAUGGGAGACUCCCAUCAAGAAGCAACAGAGAAAGAGGUGGAAAGGAUCCUGGGAUACCUGAAGAAGUAUUACCAAGAUGAUCCAACAUCACCAAUUUUGUAUUAUGAGUUUGUCAUCGACCCCAACUCGUUUUCCCGGACAGUUGAGAACAUUUUCCACACAUCCUUUCUCAUCCGGGAUGGGCUGGCCAGGAUGCAUUUGGAUAGUGACAGAUUACCUUGUAUAGCACCAGUGGAGGAGGGAGAGGUGGAAGCUGGAGGAUCAAGCAUCCGUAAACAGUGUAUUGUCUCCAUCAGCCCAAAACUAUGGAAGGAAAUAAAAGAGGCCUACGACAUCAGAAACCCAUUGAUUCAGCCUUCAAACAUGCAGCCUGAAUGAUGGACCCUGCUGUCUUUUGUUAGCUCAAUCCAAAAAUUGUUUUUAGAUGUUACUUAAAAAGAGUAUUUAAUUCUAGACUAGAUCACUCUUGUUAACACAUUAUAGUUUAAUUCAAGCUUUUACUGAUUUUAAGAAUUGAAUAAUAAAAGGGGGGAAAAAGAGAAGUCUAGAACUCCAUCCAUGCAGCCAUCCAUGACCUAUUGCUGUCAUCUGUAUGGUUUUAAAUGAUAGUUGGGAAAACCUGGGUUUAACCUUGUGCAUUAAAUAUAAAAAAUGUUGUGCUCAUCCCUGAAAGGCAGGGAACAAGGAGGCAUGUGUGAGCAUAAAAAGACCCAUUACUUAGUCAUGACCCACAGACGUGCAACUAGUGACAAUCUAGCUCUGCUUGUCACAAUAUGUGUGUUAAAGCAAAACUAUUCACCCUAAAGACUGAAUGCUUUUCAACCAACCAACAAAUAUAUUCCUUCCAGUUUCAGGCGUUCUCGUAUGGGGGAAUUUAUUGUCAUUGUACAACACAGUAAUGUAAUGAAGUGCAGUUUCAGUCUACAUGCUACAAACGACAAACAAAAAAUGGUAAAGUGUGGAGGAUGAUGUCUUCAGAUGGUGGGAAGAAGCUGCGCUGUAGUCAGGUGGCGGUAGAGUAGGAGGUACUUCCUGUUCUUGACAGAUGGAACAGGUUGGGGCUGGGGUGUUUUUAAAAAGUUUUCUUUUGAAUUCUUCUUUGGCACCCCAUGUUGUUCGGUAGAUGGGUACCUAUGUUUCUAGGCCAUGCACAUCCCAUGCCAGAUGAUGUUUCUUGAUCAUGCAAGGUUUUUGUGAUUCUGAUUCCGAUUCUGACUUCUUUAUUUUCUCCUUGGCUUUGCUCACGUUAAGUAGUAUGUUAUCUGAUAUUUUGUCUCCCUCAUGUUAUGGUGUACUUUAAUGUGCAGAAAUGUUUCUAUUUCUCUGUAACAUUUUCCGGUCCUGAUCAAUAAUGACAAAAAUAAAAAGUGAAUUAUGCAAGUGCA